UCCAUAGUUAAUCGAAUUAGAAAUCAAUCAAUAAAAAUUCUUGCACGCCUAGAGCCUAGCGAGCAUUACAAACAAAUACAAAAUCUAAAACUCUAUAUAAUAUGGCGCAAGAGGACGAUGAAGAGGACUUAGUUUUUAAUGUAGAGGAAGUCCAGAAACUAGUGAGGGAUAAUAUAGAGCUAUGUUUGGGAGGAAAUGUUUACAGCCAUUCUAGAGCACCUCAAUGGAUAACUGUUAUCACAGAAAAGACGUUAGCCAGGCUGAAUAAACUCAAUAAGCCAUUUAAAUACAUAAUGAGGAUGACUGUAACUCAGAAAAACGGCUCCGGAUUGCACACAGCAGCUGCUUACUUCUGGGACACGGCGACGGACGGCACCUGCACUGUUCGCUGGGAAAACAAGUACAUGUACUGCAUUGUAAACAUUUGGGGUUUAGCAUUGCAAAUAUAGCAUUAUAACAUUUA